AAGUCAGGAUAGAUAGUUGCAGCACUGCCAGUUAAUAUAAAACCGCAAGAAAUCUCUAAUUUGCCUGAACCGCACAAUGAUAUGGGAUUUACAAAAAUGGGAGCGGAGGUUGAGUCUCUUGCAAGAUUCCUUGGCGUGGUGAAGUAAACUGGAUUGUCCAGGAGAGCUAACGGUCUAAAUUCCUAUUUCAUGGUAAAGAGCAUGAUGGCGUUCCCCCUGUGUGUUAGUCUGUGGCUGCUCCUGGCUGUCCAUGGCCAGGCUGGAGCUGUGAAGAACUGCCACCCAAGCUGCCACUGUGAGGUGGAGAGCUUCGGCCUGUUCGACAGCUUCAGCCUGACCAGGGUGGACUGCAGGGGAGUGGGCACCAGCCCCAUCCCCAUCCCCCUGGACACGGCCCACCUGGACCUGUCCUCCAACUCCAUGUCCCUGCUGACCGACAACAUGCUCUCUGGACCUGGCUAUACCACCUUGGUCAGCCUGGACCUCAGCAACAACCGCAUUUCCAUGGUCAGCCCCAAGGCCCUGUCCAGGCUGCGCUACCUGGAGUCUCUGGACCUCAGCCACAACUUCCUGGAGGGCCUGGAUGAGGGCUGCUUCUCUGGCCUCCCUCUGGCCGAGGUGGACCUCAGCCACAACCACUUCCGGGAGUUUGACCUCGAUAUGUUCAUCACUAAAGGUCACGGAGAGCCAAUCAACGUGGAUCUGUCCCACAACCAGCUGACGGUGGUCUCCAGGAGUUCCUCUAGGAGCCCUUUGCUACAUGUCCAGAGCCUGACUCUAGCAGCCAAUCAGCUGAGGGCCGUGCCCAAGCUAAAAGGCAUCCCGUUGAGGGACCUAAGCCUGGAUGGGAACAUUAUCUUGCGCAUUGAGGAGGGGGCCUUUGAGGACCUCAAGGACCUGGUUCACCUAUCCCUCAGUGCGCUUCCUGAGCUCUCUGACAUCCAGCCUAACAGUUUCAGAGGCCUUCAGAACCUUCAGGUCUUGGACCUGUCCAACAAUGCCAAGCUAAAGACACUGAGCCCAGCUGUGUUCAGUGGACUUGUGUCUCUACAGGAGCUCAAUCUGUCCAACUCUGGUGUAACGUCAUUGCCAAAUAACAUGCUAAGUCACUUGCCAAGCAUCAAGAGUAUUACCCUGGGCCAGAAUAUCCAUUGUUGGAGGGCUCAAAAGCAGGGCCAGUUUCACAGGCAGCUCGGACAGGAACAGAAACAUGACGAGGUGCUAACCUGUGACGUUAAAGGCAUUGUGUCGUGAUUGUGUUGGGAUUGUUGCCUUCAGUAUGGACAUCUAGCUAACACAUUAGUGCUAAAACUGUGCCUUAUACCACUAUAUGCAAAGAACACUUUUUGUUAUUGCCGUCAAACAUGAUAAUUACUAUUUGAACAGUUUUGUUUAAAUUUUAAUUAAAUUUGUGUUUUGCUUUUAUUCCG